AUGGUUACUGCACCUCCCAUUAUCGACUUUGAGCCAUUCUACACCGGUGAUGCCGAGAAAAAGGCAGAGCUAGUGCGGCAAGUCCGUCACGCGUGUGAGAGACAUGGAUUCUUUCAACUCAUCAACCAUCGAGUCCCGCUCGAUAUCCAAGAGGCUAUACUUCAGCAGGCCCGGGACCUAUUCAGCUUACCAGUUGAAGUGAAGCAGAAGUACAGUCGAGAGAUUGAGCCCGUUAAUCUGGGAUACGAAGGUCUUCGCUCGCAGAAAUUCGAGAAAGAAGGUCCUGGUGAUCUUAAAGAGAGUUAUUAUCUAUCGCAAGAUCUGUCGCCAGGGCAUCCCUACACCGGAAGAUUCUCUCAAGGGUCAAAUAAAUACCCCGAUGAGAUCCGAGAUCCUGGAUCAUUCCGGCGUACGGUGAAAGACUACCACGCGGUGAUGUCCGAUCUGGGACUCAAGAUAUUCCAGGUGUUGGCUCAAACGCUCGACUUGGAUGUGAACUGGUUCAAUGGGUUUUGCCACGAUUCGGCCAAUAUUAUACGCUUAGUGCGGUAUCCUCCCCAGGAAACGGAUGGUCAGGAACGAGGCAUUGGGGCUCACACCGAUUUUGGAGGCCUUACCAUCCUGCUGCAGGAUGACAAAGGGGGUCUGCAAGUGUGGGACCGCGAGGCAUCCGAAUGGGCGGAUGCCGAGCCUGUUCCAGGGGCAUUUGUGGUGAACCUAGGCAAUAUGUUGAUGCGCUGGACCAACGAUCGCUACAUAUCCAACUUGCAUCGGGUUAUCAAUAGAAGCGGGCAAGAACGAUACAGCGUGCCAUAUUUUAUCUCCGGGAAUCUGGAUUACGUGGUGGAGUGCAUUCCCAGCUGCAAGGCGGAGACGGAGGAGGCAAAGUACCCGCCGAUAACAGUGGAGGAGUGGAUGUUGGCGCGAUAUGCGGACACAUACGGAGGCGGGCAAAAGGGAGCAGGUGAACUGUCGCAGGAUGCAGUCCGCGCGAGCAGCUGA